AAUUAUAUCCAUUCGAUUAAAAAAAAAGAUUUAUACAUACAAAUUAAGGAAAUCAAAUUUUAAGUAAUCAUGAAGGUUGUUGCAGCAGUAGUUGUAGUUGUACUAGCCGUGGUACAACUAGCAAUGGUUGCUCGGGGCGCAGUCACUUGUGCCCAAGUGGAUGCUAAUUUGGCACCCUGUGUUCCGUUCCUGACACAAGGUGGCGAACCCGGUGCAUCCUGCUGCAGUGGGGUGAAAACCUUGAAUGGUUUAGCUCAGUCGACUGAUGAGAGGAGGACUACUUGCAACUGUGUUAAGGCUGCAGCAAAUCGAUACCCCAACCUUAAAGAUGAUGCUGCGCAGUCUCUCCCUAGCAAGUGUGGUGUAUCCCUCAACGUUCCUAUCUCUAGGACCAUCAACUGUGACACAAUAAGUUAAAUUGAGCUGCGUGGUUCCGGGAAUAAUGCCAUUAAUGGAGAUUCAAAAUGCUGUUUAGUUUACUUUGUUUCAUAUGAUAUGUAUUAAAUAAACCAAGGGUUGUUAAACCCUUUGAACGUUGUAAAAUACUCGAUUACUACACCGUAAUUUGAGUAUUUUUACUAUUUAGUGAAUGUAUUCUGUCUAUAAUAGGAGUUCAAAUUUCAAAAGAUC